AUGCAGGGGGUAGAGCCAGGUGAUCCCGAGGGUCCCGACAACUACUGGGAAGAAAGUGUCCCCCUAGAGUGCAUUUAUUUAUUUCUUUGUUAUUGUUUGCAUUUGUUCUGGGGCUGUCCGUGGUGCAGGGGUCUCGGAGGGGGCUGGCUUACAGUCCUGCCAGAUCAUCUCUUUAAGGAAGACGAUCAAGACUCAGAAAGCGAGAAACUGGUAGUGAAGGAGCCUGAACCUGAUGAUGCUGCCGAUGAAAAGUUCUCCUUUAAAUAUAGCCCUGGAAAGCUGAGGGGAAACCAGUAUAAGUCAAUGAUGACCAAAGAAGAACUCGAAGAGGAACAAAGGGUUCAGAGAAAGCAGCUGGCUGCCAUCUUCAGGCUCAUGAAGGAAAAAAGUGACACAUUUGGAGAGAUGUCUGAAGGAGACAUGAAGGAACAGCUGAGACUUUAUGAUAUAUAGACUUGAUGAAGCUGUAGUCCGUGCCCAACUGCCGUCUUAGGCCUCAUCAUUCAAGAUACUGGAAACUGUCAUGCUAAGAACAGGUGUCACUAAGUACAUAGUCAGUUUGCUAUUCUAGAUUGUUUGCAAAAAUGUACAGCCCUCUCUUAUAUUUCUAAGUCCUGUGAUUUCUCUCUCUCUUUACUGAUUUUUUCCUAGCAGAAAUGUUUGUAUUUUCAUCUUAAAAGAACAGGUUUUCUUGGGGUGAUACUUUUUAUUGGACCUACUGCAUUGUUAGUUGAGAUAGUUAGACAAGCUUUUGAAUGCAAGACAUUCUUCUUCAAGUCACCUUGGGAUGAUGUUAUGUUUCUUGCAGAGCCUUAGAAAGGAUGUUGCUGUGUAGUCUGGCUUCUUUUUUCUUUAAGUUGUGGAUUUUCCUUCGUAAGCAGUGGAUUUCAAUAUCUUCCAUAUUAUGGUAGCAUUAGAGGGUGUUACAGCUAUAAUGGUCCAGAAAUUAUGCGAGAUGCAAGGAUUUCUUAGGGUGAUGAUCUGCAUAGUUGGGAUAGAAUUAGAUAAUGUUUCUAGAGGAAUGUCAUGCUUCUGAAAGCUUGUCUAGCUCUUAUCACAGCUACACAGUUAGAUAUCAAUAAAAGAUAUCACCCUGAAACAUUCUUGCCUCACAUGAUUCCUGGACCAUCAUAGCUACAACAUCACUUUAACACUCCCAUCUUACAAGGAAACAUUUCACUUCUUUUUAGCCAGUUGAUACAAUUCAGCCCAUAGAGCCUGGUGAAACUGGCAGUUCUAUGCUAAUUAUAUAUAAUUAAAGGAUCUGAUAAAAUAUGUUUUUGUUCAUGAAAGCUUAGGCAUCUCUGGUUCAGUUAGCUUAUAAUGUGCAACUCUACCUGCUUUCUGCCUGACUUCAGAUUAACACAGCUAACUGCUUCUCUCUGCUACAUGUAAAUAAUUGUUUCUCCACCCAUUCUACUAUUAGGUCAGUAUUUGAAGGACUCAAACUGCAGUGAAACAGCAGCUGCUACACAUUUUAUGAUGAUGAAAUUGGAGGUUACCCUUUUGUUCAGGGUCAUGGCCAUUACAAAUUCCAACAGUACAGGCCUAAUUUACAAUUCUGGCAGAUGGAACCAGUGAUUUUUGAAGGAGGGUGAAGCUGCCCAUUAUGGUUACGUGAAUAACAUUAUAAGCAUUUUUGCUAUUGUCCUGCCUUUCUAGAUUCUGUAUUUAUAAUCUAGUAUCUAAUUUCAGGCACGUGUGCCUGUAAUCUGGGUCCAAACUAGAUGCACCGAGAGCUGGAACAGAACAUUCCGUGAAACAUCUCUCAUGCAGAUAACCUUCCCUGGAGGAAAAACAAUAGGGGGCAUAAAAUUUCCUAUUCUACAAUGAGAAAGUUAAGGGUAAUUGAAUUUUUCUCAUUACAUGAUGCAGAAAAGCCACGUCCAUUCCAUUCUAACAGAAAAAAUUCCAUUAGAAUUUUUACGUGGAACAAAGAUACUGGUUAUUUUUUUUAACAAUCUUUGUUUGGAGGUAAGAAGAAGAGAGGCACAAGAAGAUGCAUAUUGUCAUGCAAGUUGGUGUAUAGUUCCUUGCAAGAUGGCACUGGAGAGAGCAGACUGUAAAUAUAGCUAAGGUAUUAGUGGGUGACAGAGGAUGGGGUCAGACGGUGUAGUGGAUGAUGGAGGAGAAAGGAAUCAAUGUCUGAAGUUGGGAAUGGUGUAGCUUGGGUGUUCAAUGGGGCUGUUUGUUAUAAUUUGUGUACUUCUGUUCAUCAUCCUGACCUUUAUGUAAGGAAUACAGCAAUGUUAAUACAGCUUAGGAACACUCAGAAAAUGGUGCGUCUUCUCCUGCUCAACACUCACAAAAUGGUGCAUUCAACCUUGCCCCUGUGGGAUUUGUCAGGACAGAAGAGCCACCAACACAGAUGCCAGCAGUUGCAAAUACCUGUUGCAAAGGAACAUCAGCAUCAAGAAGAACAUGAGAGAGUUCUUUAAGAGUAGCCAGUUAAUGUGUCAGUACUGGGAUUAGGGGUCAAUGACAGUCUCUCAUGUCCUUUAAGGCUAUUCUCCUUCUUCAUUCACUCUCUAGCUUUUCAGAGUGACUCAAAAUUAAGCAGCCUGAAGAAAUACAACACAAGUUCAGUGAGAUAACAAACCAAACCUUAUCCAUAUCGGUCAAUAAAUCUGCUAUGAAAAAAUAUACUCAUUUUUAAGGGAAUUGCCCAACUUGGAUUACGUGUUGUCUGAUAUAGAGCAUCUUGCUGGAAACUGUAUUUUGUGGAAACUCAGUGAAUUCACCAAUUAGGUGACAUUUCAAAUGUGUUUUAUUUCAUGAUAAGAAUCUUGAGCUGAUGUUUCUCUUGGCAUCAUUCUUUUGUCUUGUGAGACAGACAGAGAUGUCUGCUAUCCUGAGCAGCUGCUGACAUGUUUGGUUCAUCAAAAAAAAAAAAAAAA